CGCUCCCCAUUUCCACUCAUCCGCACGCGCGAGGUGUGGGACAUAAUGGAGGAUAGGUAGGGGGACUCUCCACGGCUCGUUAAAGAGUAGCUUAUCAACUGUUGACUUAUUUCCAGUUGUCGCCUCCGAAUCGACCGCUGCCCGCCGCCGCAGCCGAACGGCGCAACAAACGACGCAACAAAAUGCCGAACAUCAAGAUUUUUAGCGGCAGCUCCCAUCCGGAUCUGUCUCAGAAAAUAGCAGACCGCCUCGGUCUCGAACUGGGGAAGGUUGUUACCAAGAAAUUCAGCAACCAAGAAACAUGUGUGGAGAUCGGGGAGAGCGUGCGUGGAGAAGACGUCUAUAUCGUGCAGAGCGGCUGUGGGGAGAUCAAUGACAAUUUGAUGGAGCUGCUGAUCAUGAUCAACGCCUGCAAGAUAGCUUCAGCCUCCAGAGUCACAGCUGUUAUCCCCUGCUUUCCUUACGCCCGGCAGGACAAGAAGGACAAGGUGGGGAGCCGUGCUCCUAUCUCUGCCAAGCUGGUGGCCAACAUGUUGUCUGUAUCAGGUGCGGACCACAUCAUCACCAUGGACCUGCAUGCCUCACAGAUUCAGGGGUUCUUUGAUAUCCCAGUGGAUAACUUGUAUGCAGAACCGGCCGUCCUAAAAUGGAUCAAGGAGAACAUCCCCGAAUGGAAAAACUGUAUAAUCGUGUCACCUGAUGCAGGCGGAGCCAAAAGGGUCACCUCCAUUGCAGACAGACUGAAUGUGGACUUUGCUCUCAUUCACAAGGAAAGGAAAAAGGCAAAUGAGGUCGACCGCAUGGUUCUGGUCGGAGAUGUGAGAGAUCGAGUUGCAAUUUUAGUGGAUGACAUGGCUGACACGUGUGGGACAAUCUGCCACGCUGCUGACAAGCUCAUCUCUGCGGGAGCAACGAAGGUUUACGCCAUCCUGACCCACGGCAUCUUCUCCGGUCCGGCCAUUUCGCGCAUCAAUAACGCCUGCUUCGAAGCCGUCGUCGUCACCAACACAAUCCCGCAGGAGGAGAAGAUGAAACACUGCUCCAAAAUACAGGUUAUAGACAUUUCAAUGAUCCUAGCAGAGGCCAUUCGCAGAACUCACAACGGGGAAUCUGUGUCUUACCUCUUCAGCCACGUCCCCUUGUAGCAACGGCAUCAUCUGCUCGGUCGAUACCAAAUAAGACAAGAAGGAGAGCCCCCACCCCAAAGAAUACCAUUCGCAAAGCUGUUCUGCUAAUUAACCGUGUUGAAAUCAAACGAUGAAAAGAUCAGCUGUUAUGUCUGUUACUAAUGCCCCCCCACCCCACCUCCCGAUUAGGGAGCCGAAAGCAAAGCGACUCGGUUUUAGGCAAGCUUAUUUAUAAUGUCUAUGGAUAAAUGAGGUGUUUAUCCCCUGUGAACUGUGUUUGUCUUUUGGUACAUUUAACUCAUUGUUUCUCCUGAUCAUCGUGUCACUUUGUUGUCAGAGCUUCUUUAAAUAUCCCCGGCGGGUUCCAGUGCUCAGGAGAAGCGUCUGUUAUAUUAAAGCUGUUACAGUUGCUUUCUGUUACAACAAAUGCGUGUAGUUUCCUCUUCUGCUGCUUGAAAGGAUUGCAGUUACUCCAGUGAAUGUGUAUUUAACUAGUUUACAGUGCCACUAAAAACUCCACUCAACCAAGAGUGCCUCAAAAGUCUGAAAUUAAAUGACACUUUCCUCUAGUCUCAAUUACUCCUCUCCCCCCUUUUCUCACGUUGUAGUUUUCUUUCUCAAUGAACGGCUUUGGAGUGUCUUAGCAGGCUGAAAACUAUUUUUUUCUUUUAGAAUGUUUCUUUCAACUCUUGAGGUGCCCUCAUUGACAGGGGAAUGCCCAGUCUCUCCAAAGUUUUCUUUUGUUUUUGAAAGUAAGAUAAAGAAGCAAUCAGGUUUUUAGCUUGGGGUCUCUGCAGGUUGGAGCUUCCUUCAGAAAUGUUCACCUGCUGUCCUUGUGUUCUUUUUGUUUUGUUUUUAUGUCAAGUAAUUUGUCAUCAAUGUGCAUAAUUCAAGCCUUCGUGUUCUUUUACAGUAGAACGAAUGCAUUGCGUAUGAGGACGCAUUCUCAAUAAAUUUCAGUAUGCCAAAAAGAAAAA